UCCGCGCGGCCCGGACCCGCCGCGCCGCCACCUCCCUGCGUCCCAGCCGUCGCCGCGGACUUGGCUGCGCCCGCGAGGGUCCCCUUCGGGUGAGAACGGAAGCGGCGCCUGCAAGCGCAGCGCACCCGGUGAGGGCUGCGGCGCUGGCGGGGGCGGGGGACACCGCCCGGCCUAGGGGGCCACCACGUCGCCACCUCCACCCCGGCGGGGCCAGGCCGCUGUGCGUCCCGCCGGAUGACAGAUAAGUAGGAGACUGGCCCGGGGAGCCUAUCGUUGGAGAGAUGCGGGGUCUGAUCCUAACACCGGGCAACGAGGGACCUCGGGAACGUGCGCGCCGCCUGGGCCACCCGCUGUCGUCCCCGCACCCCCUCGCUGUCCCCAGGCCUCCAGAAGCAGGUUCGCCGCCCCCCACCUCAAGACAAUGACACUCUGCCUCGGGGACCCCUUUCUGAGGACUGACUAGCGCUUCCCGGCCUACAGAUGCCGCUGGCAGCGCGCGCGCUGGUCCCCGGCAAUGCGGGGACGCGUUCGGGUUCCCGUCUCUAACUGGCUGCAGAGAUCUGAGCAAGUCACCACCCUCUACGGGUCCCUGUGUCCUCUGGACCAAGAGUUGGGCCAAAACAGCCUCUGAGGGGUCCUGAGUGGGGGACUCAGAAUACACACGUCUUGGGAGGGCAGGCAGCGUGCCCCAGGCCAUUGGCACAGCCCCGGAACGUCCAAUCUUUCUUGCAAAAGCUUCUGUGGACGGCCAGCUAAUACCAUAGGUGACUUUCCUGCGGGCUUAUUGUGCACCGGGCACAAAACUCAGAGCUAACACUCCUAAGCAGUCACCAGACGCCCGUGGUUUAGAAAUCCCGCCUCCCUUAACCCGCACAAACUCCCGGUGAGCUGGGACUAUCGUCCUCGCCAUGAGCAGGGCGAAAAGUUUUGUCGCUUUUUGCCAAUGGGACGGGUCAGGGUGUCACUGUAUUCAUUGGCGUCUCUGAUGGUUCGGGAAGUCGAAUGUUUUCCCGGUAAGUUUGUCCUCGACGGGCAGAUUGAGUUGAGUCUAUGCAGUGCCCGUUUGGACCCGUGCUUUCUCGGGAGGCCUCGGCGUUUUCCCGUCCCGCCCUGUGUCUGGUCACAUUGUCACCUGUGUCCCACGGCGACACAGUCACCUUCUGGGACUAUAGCGGUUCGCUUUUAUCGUCAGCCUCUUCAAGGCAGAGGGGAGCUAUUUGGAUGGUCGUGUGACAUAUUACAUGUCCCUAAAAGUCAAGACCGGGCCAGCCCCGGCUGCCUGCCUCCCCGCCUCGACAGCUUCCCUGCAACGCGGGGACGUUUACAGUGUCCCCACCCGCAAGAAGAGCACAGUCGUCUGCCACCUCGAGGGCCAAGGGUCACUGCACAGGCUUUGCCAGUGGCAUUUGCGGUUUAUAAGAGGACCCGGGAGAAGACGCCAGGCAAGGAGGUGAGGAUCUCCGUUAGCCGAGGUCACACUUCGCAUCGACCAUGAUGUCCAGGACGAAGUCCACUAGGGUGUCCAAGAGGGUGACGUAUGACAAACACAUCCUGGAAUCCGGGCGGAAGAGUUCUCCGAUCAAUGAGGAAAAGCUGGAGAAAGGGGUGAAAAAAAAAGAGCCUCGGAGCCCCCCUGCCCGUGCGUCCAAUCCCUUCCAUAUGUCCGGGGACGAGGACUUCUUCUUGCUCAGACAGCAGGAGCGGGACAGGGCUCUCUUGGAACGCCAGCGGCAGCAGCAGCUGCGCGUGUUUGAGAAGAUGACCCACUCCUCCAAGGUCGCGGCCAAGCGCAGCCACCUCCUGCGGCAGCUGCAGGUGGCGGAUGACACCGCGGACCGGGAGGCCGAGCAGCUGGCCGCCUUCCACGACAACGUCAUCUGGAAGCUGGCGGUCACCAAAGAACGGAAGGUGGAGCCGGGAAACACUAGCGGCUUCGUGCAGCAGAAGCGGCAGAUGUUCCUGAUCCAGCACGCCCUGGAGAUGAAGCGAGUCGAGAUCCAGCGGCUGGAGCUGGUCGCUGCCACGGAGGAGGCGAGGCUCGACCGGGCGGAGAAGUCCCUGGAGGAGGACGCGGCUCUGUUCGAAGAGUUUCUCAGGGACAAUGACCGCAGCUCCGUGCGGGCCACCAGAGUCGCCGAGAAGGAGACCAAAGCCAGGAUGCAGAAGAUCCUCAAGAUCCAGGACCUGGGCACCCAGAUCGUGAACAUCAAAAGCGAGAUUUCCAGAUUCGAGGACAACCUGCGGCAUUACAAGGUCUACAAGGACUUCCUGUACAAGCUGUCACCCAAGGAGUGGCUCGAAGAACAGGAGAACCACCGCGUGGCCCUCAGGAAAGCCAAGGAGGCCACCGAGGUCCCCAAAGAGACCAGUGUUUCCUCAGCAGGGGACAAAGGAGCAGGGAUCAAGGGCAGGACACUGUCCACGUUGGCCAGAGAGGGCCAGGUCACCAAGAAGUUCUCCAAGUUUGUGCAGGGGACGCGGCUGGGACAGGUCCUGUCCGACGGCAGCUCCCAGCAAAGCAGCCAGCCCAGCGAGCCGCCGGGGAGUGACCUCCAGGGGUCAAACUCUCCCGUCCCCACGCAGGAGGACAGCGACAGCGACGGGGAGGAGCCGCAGUUGUACUUCACGGAGCCGCAGCAGCUGCUGGACGCGUUCACGGAGCUGGAGGAGCAGAACCUGCUGCUGAUCCAGAACACGCAGGAGACGGAGGAGACCAUGGAGGACCUGGCCCGCACGCUCAAGACCACGCAGAGCCGCAUGGACAAGGAGGUCAGCCACCUGAAGCAGUGGAUCGCCACGAUGACGACGUCCAUCGCCAAGGAGGAGGAAACGGCGGCCGAGCUGGAGCUCAAGGCCCGGGUCUUUCACUUUGGCGAGUACAUGGGGGACGAGCAGGACAGGCUGCUGGACAGCCUGACCCUGAAGGUGCGGGACGUGUACCGGCACUGCGUGAGCAGCCAGCCGGAGGCCAACCUGGGCCCCGUGCAGAUGUUGACGGUCAUCGAGCACCAGCUGGACGAGCUGCUCGAGACCCUGGAGCACGUGCCCCCGGCCACCAUCGAGCAGGUGGAGAAAGCCAAGGAGAAGGAGCGGCGGCUGCGACUCCGGGAGGAGAAGGCCCGGAUGCAGAAGCUGCUGCAGGAGGAGCGGUGCUGCGGGGCGCAGGCCCGGGCCCGGGCCGAGAUCAAGAAGAAGAGAGGCCGGAGGCUGGUCUGCCGCUCCCGGCCCCCCGCCUUCAAGCCCCGGGCGGCGUCAGGGCACCAGCUGGUGGACAAGGACAAGGAGGAGAUGCUGUUUUUCUUCACCUGACUGUCCCCAGCGCCACGGGGGCACGGUGGCGGCUCAGCAAGGACGUCGGCGGUGGACGCGGAGGGACUGGCUGGGUCCCCAGGGGGCCCUUCU